GCUGUUAUAUCACUGCACUACGAACAGCUAAAACUUAUCUUCCAAUCCAAACCAACCAUCUUGAUUUUUGCAUUGUUAUCUCCAGACCUCCCUUUACUGGACUCCUAUUUAUAUCGAAUUCAAUUGCCUUUGAUCCGUCACUCACUCUCUUGCACAACAAAAGCCACCCGAAUCAUGGAUGCCCUUGUCCUCACAGUUUUCCUCUUCCUCAUCCCCGUCUUCUUUCUCCUUACAAGAAGAAAAAAAUCAUCAGAACGGCUUCCUCCCGGCUCAUUGGGACUACCCAUUAUAGGUCAAAGCCUUGGUUUUCUUGGAGCCCUGCGUGCCAACACUGCCGAAAAGUGGCUUGAACAAAGAAUCGCAAAGUACGGUCCAGUUUCAAAGAUGAGUCUCUUUGGCAAGCCAACAGUCUUCAUUCAUGGACAGGCUGCCAACAAGUUUGUAUUCAACAAUGAUGGCACAUCAUUUACCAGUCAACAACCUGAGUCUACUCGUAUGAUUUUGGGCGACCGGAAUAUACUGGAACUGAGCGGCGAGGAUCACAAGCGUGUCAGAAGUGCUCUUAUGCUUUUCUUGAAGCCCGAGUCACUGAAGCGAUAUGUUGGAAAAAUGGAUGAAGAAAUCAGGAAUCAUCUUGAGAUGCACUGGCAUGGCAAGCAAAAAAUAACAGUUUUGCCCCUCAUGAAGAACCUCACAUUCAACAUAAUAUGCUCUCUACUUUUUGGGGUUGAACGAGGACCUCGCAGAGACAAACUCAUUGAGUGUUUCCGACAUAUGAUAGAAGGAAUCUGGUCGGUCCCUGUUAAUUUGCCCUUCACGCGUUACAACCAAAGCCUCAAGGCGAGCAAGAAGGUUCAAAAAAUGCUCAAGGAACUCGUAUGUGAAAAGAGGGUACAACUUGAGCAAAAAACUACUUCUCCACUCCAAGACCUUAUAACCUGCUUGCUUAACAUUCGAAACAUUGACAACGAAGAAGAAUUAACGGAAAAUGAGAUCCUACACAAUAUCAUGGUAGUUAUGAUCGCAGGAUAUGACACUUCAUCUGUUGUGAUUACUUUUCUUUUGCGGCUUCUAGCGAAUGAACCUGCUAUCCAUGCAGCCGUUCUUCAAGAACAAGAGGAAAUAGCUAGGAGCAAGUCCUCAGGAGAAUUUCUAACAUGGGAAGACCUUUCCAAGAUGAAAUACACAUGGAGAGUGACAAUGGAAAUUCUGAGGACGACUCCGCCCGUCUUUGGCGGCAUGAGGACGGCUAUCAAAGAUACCGAGUAUGGAGGAUUCCUCAUCCCGAAAGGGUGGCAAGUAUUCUGGGCUAUUCCUAUGACACACAAUGACGGUAGUAUAUUCCCGGAGCCAUCAAAUUUUGAUCCAAGUAGGUUCGAGAACCAAGCAUCAGUUCCGCCUUACAGCUUCGUUGCAUUUGGAGGAGGAUCUCGAAUAUGUCCAGGAUACGAGUUUGCCAGGAUUGAAAUCCUUGUUGCAAUCCAUUAUAUGGUAACUCAGUUCACGUGGAAGCUUUGCGCAGACAACAAAUUCAGCAGGGUUCCCAUGCCGGUGCCUACACAAGGACUGCCUAUUGAAAUCAUGCCAAGGAAACCAAUGAAUUAAGUAGAGGUCGAUUUGAUAUUAUGAUUGCGAUUUGAGAUAAAUGUGCACUGGAGUAAGAGCUCGCAGUUUGUUAAAUAAAUAAAGAAACCCACAAUAA